AUGGCUGUGAUGACAUGGCCCGAUAUUUCUCACCUGCCUAUAUCAAAGCCAGAGUUAGUUAAUGUUCUGACGCGGAUGGACCAACAAGUCAAGUGGCCUCAGAAGAAAAAGACCUUCGUUUCCAACCGGUAUCCAAACCGAUGGUGCAACUUCCACAGUGACCACGGUCAUAAAACGGACGACUGUGUCGCCCUAAGAAUCGAGGUUAAGGAACUCCUCAAGAAAGGACACCUCAGGGAGUUUCUUUCCGAUAAAGCCAAAAAUCUCUUGAUUAAAAAUACCACAAAUCACCCCACCAAAGUUACUCCUGCCUCACCGCCACGCCAGGAUAGAGUAAUCCACAUCAUCUCUGGUGGCUCGGAAAUAAGCGGAAUCAGCCAUGCAGCCGCCAAGAAAAACACCAGAAACGCCAGGAACGGUCAAGAGACUUGGAAACCAAAGCGUCUACUCCUGGGUACAGGCGAAAUCAGCUUCAUCGCCAAAGAGCAGGAAAGAGUAAUGGCUCCCCAUCAUGACGCUUUGGUCAUAUCGUUCACCUUGAACGCUUACAAUGACUUAGGGCUGGAAGAAAAGGCUCUGGCUCGAAAGAUCACUCCACUCGUAGGGUACAGCGGCGAAGUCAAGCAGACGACCGGAGAAGUCAUUCUCCUGGUAUACGCCGAAGGGGUCAACACGGCGACUAAGUUCCUGGUCGUUGACUGCAUGUCCUCGUACAACAUAAUAAGGCCCUGGAUCCACGACAUGGGAGCUGUCCCUUUAAUGCUCCAUCAAUCGAUCAAGUUCCCUACUCCUUGGGGAAUCAAAACGAUCAUGGGAGACCAAGAGAACUCCGGAUUGUGCUAUCAUACCACCCUGAAGGGAAGAACCCAAGCCUUAUAG